AUGUACGCAAAAAUAGAGACUGAAAGAUUAAAUUUCAUUAGAAAUCAUCAAAAUAAGCUUAGAGCAGAUAAAUAUAUUCAUUUAAAAGAUACCGUUGGAAGACAAGAUGUUGACGCAGAUCAACUUGGAAAAUUAGUUAUAUUGCCAUCAUAUUUUACAGGAGGCCCACGAUAUAUGCAUGAACGAGCCCAAGAUGCACUGACGUACGUUCGACACUAUGGCAGCUCAGAUUUAUUCGUAACUUUUACGUGUAAUCCAAAAUGGCAAGAAAUCCAAGAAGCACUUUUACGAGGACAAAAACAUUACCAUCGCCCAGACAUCAUUGCAAGAGUAUUUAAUCGAAAAGUUAAGGAGUUAAUAGAUCUGUUGACAAAAGGAGAUUCGUUUGGGAAAGUGAGGCGCCAUAUAUAUUCAGUUGAAUGGCAGAAACGAGGCCUACCUCACGUACACAUAUUACUAUGGUUGGAGAAUCAAAUUACAUCAGAUAUGAUAGAUAAAUUCGUGUGUGCUGAGAUUCCGAAUCCAGAUGUAGAUCCUUUACUGUACGAGAUAGUAAAGGCUAACAUGAUACAUGGACCAUGUGGACUUUUGAACAAAAAUUCUCCGUGCAUGAAAGGAGGUGUUUGCAGCAAACGUUAUCCAGUUACGCUCAUUCAAGAAACUCAAAGAGGUGAAGAUGGCUAUCCAAAAUAUAGAAGGCGAUCAACAAACGAUGGUGGUUUCAAAUGCUCAUAUAAAUGUAGAAAUAACCAGUUCAAUCAAUCUAUAAAAUAUGUAUGCAAAUAUGUCACAAAAGGUAGUGAUCACGCAGCGUUUGGUUUAGGAAAAUCUGACCAUACAGAUGAAAUAAAAUAUAUGAAAGUGGCAGCAAAUAAUGUUGCCGAAAGAAUAGAAAAUCCACCAACAACAACUCUUCAGGCUUUUUUCCAGAUAUGUCAAACCGAUAAUUUUGCAAGAACAUUGCUUUAUCCACAAGUUGCUUCGUAUUAUGUGUGGAAAAAUAAGAAUUUUGUUAAACUUAAACAAGGCCAGAAUGUCGAAGGUUGGCCAGGAGUUAAGAAAGAUACAGCUUUGGGUAGAGUUUAUACAAUCCACCCAAACAAUGUUGAAUGUUACCAUCUUCGUCUUCUUCUUCAUUACGUAAAAGGUCCAACAUCGUAUUCAUUUUUGAAGAUUGUGAACAAUAUCGAGUAUCCGACAUUCCAGGCCACAUGUAAAGCACUUGGAUUAUUAGAAGAUGACAAUCAGUGGGAUUUUGCUUUAGAAGAAGCAGCAUUAUGUCGUUCACCUAAUAAAAUGCGAGAACUUUUCAGUACUUUGUUUGAAUCUAGGUGGAAUAACUUAAAAGAAUAUGGUUUGCCAACUCCUACAAGAUCUGGUGGACUUUUAGAAAAUAGAGAAUAUUUAAAAGAAACAAGCUAUGAUUUAAAUGCUUUACAGGAAUUGUUUUACGCUCCUGGCGGAACUGGUAAAACUCACUUAAUCAAUAUACUUUUGGCUAAAGUAAGAGGCUCAUAUGGGAUUGCAAUUGCAGCUGCAUCAUCAGGAAUUGCUGCUACGCUUUUACAUGGAGGAAAAACUGCUCAUUCUGCUUUCAAGUUGCCACUCAAUCUGAACACCAUCGAGAUUCCAACGUGA